ACGUGGAAGGCAGCAAUGCAAAGUAGAAAGUACAGCAUAAAAAAACCUUCGGCAGUUUAUUCCUCUUAUGAGGACGAUCCAGAAUAUUUUACCUUCGAAAAAAAAUGGGAAGUUGCAAACAAAGUUGGAGGAAUAUAUACCGUCAUAAGAUCCAAGGCAGCAGCGACAGUGGAUGUACUGGGUGAUAAUUACUGUUUGAUGGGAAUUUACAAUGACAAGCAAUGUACAAUGGAAGUUAAAAAAAUGGAGCCUGAGUCAGAAUGUAUGAAGGGAACCUUGCGAGCAAUGAGAGACAAGGGGGUGAAGGUUCAUUUUGGUAGAUGGCUGAUUGAUGGGUAUCCAAAGGUUGUGCUGUUUGAUAUUGGUUCUGUAUACCAUAAGUUGAAUAGAUGGAAAGGUGAAUUUAAAAAAAUUUCAAGAAUUGGAAUACCAGAUUCUGACACAGAGUCUAAUGAUGCUAUUGUACUUGGCUUCCUUGUUGCGCAGUUCAUUGCAGAGUUCCGUUCAAGAUUUGAUAAAAGCCUGCCUGUGGUAGCUCAUUUCCAUGAAUGGCAGGCAGGUGUUGGCCUGAUAGUCCUACGAACACAAAAAGUUCMUGUAGAAAAAAAAUUCACUACUCACGCCACCCUACUGGGGAGAUAUUUGUGUGCUGCUAAUGUAGACUUUUACAAUAAUCUAGAAAGGUUUGAUGUUGACAAGGAAGCUGGCGAUAGGGGUAUUUAUCAUCGAUACUGUCUAGAACGAGCUUCAGCCCACUUAUCUCACGUAUUCACCACUGUAUCCCGCAAAAAAACUGACGAGGCAGAGCAUCUUCUUAAAAGGAAAGCAGAUCUCGUUCUCCCAAAUGGACUCAACGUUGUCAAAUACACAGCUUUACAUGAGUUUCAAAACCUCCACGCUAAAGCUAAAGACAAGAUAAAUGACUUAAAAAAAGGGCACUUCUAUGGAAAAAUUGAUUUUGACCUUGACAAGACAUUGUACUUCUUUGUGGCUGGAAGAUAUGAAUAUUUCAACAAAGGUGCUGAUCUAUUUAUUGAAACCUUGGCCAGACUAAAAAAACAUCUCAAGUCAACGGGAUCUGAUAUAACUGUAGUUGCCUUCAUGAUAUUCCCAACUAAAAAAAAAAAUUUCAAUGUGGAUUCGUUAAGAGGUCAAGCUGUCACUAAGCAACUGAAGGAAACCGUCACAGAGAUUCAAGACAAGAUUGGAAAGCGACUUUAUGAAAGCUGCGUAAAAGGUCACAUUCCCAAUGGUACAGAUCUGCUGACUUCAGAUGAAAUAGUUACACUCAAGCGUUGUAUACUAGGUGCCCAACGACCGUCUCUACCUCCAAUUGUCACACAUAAUGUUGUAGAUAGUUCAGGUGAUCCUAUACUUUGCCAUGUUAGGCGAUGUCAGCUGUUUAAUGGACACCAUGAGAGAGUCAAGGUUAUAUUUCAUCCCGAGUUUCUGUCCAAUAUCAACCCUCUGCUAGCGAUGGAAUACGGUGAAUUUGUACGUGGAUGUCAUUUAGGUGUCUUUCCUUCUUAUUAUGAACCGUGGGGAUACACUCCAGCUGAAUGUACAGUAAUGGGUAUCCCAUCAGUCACCACGAACCUKUCAGGGUUUGGUCGAUUUAUGGCUGAGCACGUGACCGACCCCACGUCAUACGGGAUCUACAUCGUCGAUAGACGGUUUAAGUCAGURGACGAAUCAAUUACCGAACUAUUUAAUUAUAUGGUAAGCUUCUGUAGCCUUACAAGAAGACAACGAAUCAUUCAGCGAAACCGUACCGAGCGACUUAGUGAACUGUUGGACUGGAAGAGUCUCUUUCGGUUCUAUUCACGUGCCCGAGUUCUUGGUCUUCAUUGCCUUGAGCCAGAGAAGUACAAAAAGCCAGCUUUGUAUGACGAAAUUCGCACUCAAUUCAGCUACCCUCGACCAGGAUCCGCCCCACCCUCCCCCGCACCGUCAGAACAUGGCUCAGACCCAGAUAGCGAAUCCGAAACCGAGGAAGACAAGAACUAUCGUCUGUUUGAGCGCUGAAAACGCGGAAUUAUUUUUACUCACAGGAUCU